ACCAGCGCACCGAACGGCCGUCAAUGAUUUACACAUUGCUUUAUACACGUUAAGGAACAGAAAAAUACAAAUAAAUCAACUAGUUGUGUAUAUUUUUCUCAACUUGAGGAUAACUAUUCUACCGAGGACUGUCGCAUUGGGAUGUAUUUCUAACCUGACAAUUUUUUUUUAUUCUGCGUGUCCACUUUAUCAGCUGCCGUCCAUUUCUGUCUGUCGCUUUCUUUUAAUUAUUAUUUUUUCUUUGGUUCUCAGAUUUACUUUAUAUACCAAAAGCACAUGUAUUGUUAUUAAUGUGCGACUGACUAACUGCUAUGACAGGGAAACUUGUGGACAAACUCCCUAUUAACAUGAGCAGUUUAAUAAACCCGAUGCCUGAUAGCCUAUAUUCAGAAGAGGAUAUUCCUACGUCUAUGAAUAUUUUCCCCGGCACGGAUACGAUUUCUCAUUAUUCACAGAUGACAACAGAUAGCAUGAUGGACCUGGGAAUGGGCAAUGACAAGACCACUCAGGACCCACAGUACAGUGGCACUUUUCCUCCCAGCCGUAAUGGACAGACUGUCACCUACCUGGGGAAGUUUGCCUUCGAUGCACCACCCUCAAGUAGCCUAAGUGGCUCCAGCUGGUGCCCAGAUAACAACAUCAUCAGCCUCGUGAGUGCGGGCAUCCUGGCCCCCUCACCUGGAGCUAUCACCACACAGACCUCAUCUCCGGCGGGUAGCAUUGGGGCCCAAGGGUCAGAGCUGGACCAGGUGUACGGCUCUAAUCUUCCUCCUUAUUCGACUAGUGAUAUGUAUCAGGACCAGGUCUCCUUUCACAAUCCUCCAACUACUACACCUCUGCCCUACAGUAACACGGACUACCACCCUGCUAAACCCACCGUGGAUGGCAACCUCUUUUCCAUGAUUCCAGAUUACAACAUCUUCCAUCACCAGAGUGAGGUGAGUGUAAUGGAGCACAAACCUUUUCAAAAUGUGGACCCCAUCCGAGUAAACCCUCCUCCCAUUACCCCUUUGGAGACCAUCCGCGCCUUUAAAGACAAGCAGCAGAUUCACCCUGGCUUUCCAAGCAGCCAGCAACAUCACCAGCACCAAGCACCACAUCACCCAGCACCUCAGACUCUAACCUUCAAACCUAUUCGACCCAGAAAGUAUCCCAAUCGACCCAGUAAGACCCCAGUACACGAAAGACCACAUGCCUGCCCAGCAGAGGGCUGCGAUCGCCGCUUUUCACGCUCAGAUGAAUUGACACGCCACCUCCGAAUCCAUACUGGACACAAGCCCUUCCAGUGUCGCAUCUGUAUGCGUUCCUUCAGUCGCAGUGACCACCUAACCACGCAUAUCCGCACUCACACCGGUGAGAAGCCAUUUGCCUGCGAGUUCUGUGGCCGCAAGUUUGCCCGUAGUGAUGAGCGGAAGAGACAUGCCAAGGUUCAUCUCAAGCAAAAGGACAAAAAGUUAGCAGAAAAAACAAGCUCAAACACAAGUGGCCACACGUCCCCACCUGUAUCCUGUGGCAGUGCUACCAGUGGUGCCUUGACAGUGACAACAUGUGCAUAAGGCCAUUUUGAAUCUAAGGACUUAAGUGCCCUGAAGAACAAAACAUGUAUUUGGUACUUUCUUCCAUCUCUAGAUACCUUGUGAAGGCUUGGGCUGGGAGGGCGAGUCGACAAAUAACUUCUUACUUAUUUUGCUCUUGUCUCUUUUUGGAAGAUGAACAUACAAGAAGCUGGGCAUGAGCAAGUCAAAUUGCAAAACGUCGAUCUAAAUUGCCUCGUGGGGCAGGUGGUAGGAAAUUCAAUGCCACACCUUCCAUUCACUCAAGGGAAAUGUCAAUCCAGUGUGAUUCGGACUGGUCUGGAUUAAAACAUUUGCUUUAAAGUUUACUUGCAGAAAAGUUAAGAAGGUACAUCUUAGCUUAUAAAUAAUAUUUAGUGUGAUCCAUUUAUUUUUUAUUAAGUAAACUUUAUAAAGCUGAUGCAAAUCAAGAAAAUUUGCUGGUAAGAAAUCAACAGAGGUGAACAAGAUUUGGGGACUUUAGGUCACUUUUGUGUGGUGCAAGAACAAAGCUGAUUAUGUUGGCAACUUUGUAUAUUUCUGGACAUCCGGCUUCUGAUGUCCCUAUUCUCAAUUUCCAUCAUAAUAGCAAAAAAGAACUGUUUGCUGAAUGACCAUAUAGAAAAAAAUAUACGUAUGAAGAAAAAAAAGCCAAAACAAGCACUUAGUGUGGCGUCUCGGCACUUCACAAUACAGGCAACAUCAAAUGAGAGAAAAACUGAUAAUAAGGAGGCCUGCUGAAUAAGAAUGUCUAACAACGUAAGGUUCAUCUUCAUAAAAAUGGGACACAUGCACGUCAAGGAGAAGGAUCAUGAGGCUGCUCCUGGGACCCACUUCAGACAUCACCUCUUCCCUCGAAUACUCAAAGGGGUGCUCUGGGUAAUUGACAGCACUUAAAACUUUUAGUCACCCUAACCUGUUCCUCAAGUAUUCUUUAUUAGUUGUAGUAAUGUAAAGGAUUAUCUUGAGCAAGUACUUCAGGGGCUCAGCAGUGCCAAUUUCUGUGCUGGAUUUUUUGCUGUUCAGCACAAGCACAUUGGUUCUUUUUAUUCUGUACUCUUCAGGAAGCUGUACAUUCUAUAAUUUGAGAUUUCAAAAUAUUUUGCAGGGGCGUGAGCACUUGGCUGGGCCUUUACGCUUGAGCUAGAUUGCAUUCCCACCAGCUCACGUUUUUAUCUUUCUUAGAUGAUUGUGUGAUGUAAUAUAAACAUUUAUUCGACAGAAUGUAAGAAACGAGCUUACGGCUGCCAUUUUCAACACAUGUACAAAUGCAGUAUGACUGAAUGUAUAUACAGUAUAGAUAAUGAAAGAUGGCAAAAAUAAUUCUUUGUUCUAAAAAGAAAACAUGUAAAUCAAAUGAAUGUAAUGUACUCGCUGUCCAGUUUGCACAAAAAAAAAAAAAAAAACAUAAAAAACAA